AUGAUAGAGAAGGAAAAGCGGGAUAUUAUGCAGCAGCGCAUACCCCUUCGAUUUGCCCGUGAAAGCAUCGCAAAACCGAAGGGGUCGAGUCUCCUUUCGGAUAAAGCGGACAAUGAAGUACGAUCGAACCCCCAACCAAUUCCAGAUAGUGGCACCAAAAAACGCAGAAAGCGAAUAAUCGACACACUAGUUGAACAGAGAAAGGAUGACGAAGCCGAAACUGUCGAGGAGGCUUUAGAAAGCCAAGAGAGUUCAAGCCAACCAACUUUAAGUCACCAAAUUAGUGACAUCUCAAUGGUAGACUCUCAAUCCUUGCCUCAAACCCCAAGCCGUAAACCCGCAACAGCGCAAGCAACUAGCACUCGAACUUUUACCCGCUCUAGCAGUGCGCUUAAGUUCACAUAUGGCCAAGGUAGAAAAGUGCUAGAGGAGGAGGUUGAUUUACUGGAGAGCCUUGCUCUACCUGAGAUGUCGGCUCCUUUGAAGGGGAGACGCUUAGAACUCGGAACCCCAAAGAAAGCAGUCAGUACUAAGGGGGUCAUUGACGACGACGAUGAUGCGCUUAAUGGUUCGCCUAAUUCAAAGUUACGGGAUAUCCACGAAUUAAGACAGGCCGGGGCAAACUCUCGCGUGGCUGAUACGAUGCAAGACUUAGCAGACCAGAUUGGUUCUCCAAGUGACAAGCCUUCAUCCUCUCGAAGAGCCGCAUUGCUCCAGAUAGCGGAGAAAAUCAAAGAUAAGACAUUUAUGCGGCAAUGCCGUGAUCACGGUGUUGAGGCAGCAUUACUAAAAGAUGUAGACAGAGAGACUGAUAUCAUCUCUGGAUACCUGAUUUUAUCAAUCCUCGUAACGAUACUUGCAAAGUGGCCUUCUUCGCAUACACAACAGCUUGUCCGGCUCGGUAAACCUGCAAACAUAUUUGUCCUUCUCCUUGGUGUUACUAGGGACAUCAAGGUAAUAGCGCGAGAUAGGAAGAGCAACUUAUCCAAGAGGAGUCAAACCUCUCUCAUUGCCGUUCAGACUACGCUAUGUGAGCUAUCCAUCUGGGGCGAUGCUAGCCCACCACGCAUAUCACCAAGAAGCCUUGUCCUUAAAUGUCUACACCUACUUAUUACGCAGAAUGUUAAUGCAGCUAAGGACCCUGCGGUCUUCUCUCCAGCUGUAACAGAGGCUCUAUUCACGGUACUCUCGGAAGCGGUUGACAGCACAGAGCAUUGGGACUAUCCCGCAACAGCGGAAGCGAUUGAUCUUGCAAACACUUUAUCAAUUCUCGACUUCUAUGCCGUGAGCCUUGAGGAACCGCAGCGUUCAAACGCUGACUGGACUACUCGAUAUCUACCCAUUGUAGCCGACGUCUUCAGCGCUUCCUCGCGAAAUGGAAUACCAGAUGUUACAGCCCAAGAGAGUGAAAGCAAGCUGCUUGAGAGUGCUAUCCUGAAGCUCACUAUCAACUUGACGAAUAAUAGCCUAGAAGCACCGGAAGUAUUUGUAUCAAAAGGACUAAUUCCUGCUUUGGCGAACUCGAUAUCCAGCAACUUCACCCGCAUUUGGGCGUCUUUGUCCCAGGAUACUUGGGUCGAUGGGAUCUUAGACAGCCUAGUCCUACGGCUAGGAAUUUUGAUCAAUUUCUCAGAGCACAGUUCCCUCGUCAGACAAGUCAUUGAUGAUUGUCACCAUGAUAAUCAACGGCCAGUUGACGAGUUGAUACGACUAUUCUUAGAGAACUAUCGGAGGACAGCAGAGGCCGAUUCAAUGGAGACUAGCCAUUUGAAUGUUGCCUUUGGGUACUUAUCCGUAUUGCUAGGCUAUCUAGCUCUACAUCCGCCAGUGCGACAGAAAAUACGAUCGAACCACUCGACCAAAAGUAUUACGCCUCUACUUGAUUCUUUACGCGAGUUUAUUACCCACUACAAGAAGGUGGAGCAAAACAUAGGCGAAGACGACGAUAGCUCACGAGACCAUAGUAGUUACAUGGUGCGACUUCAGGACCUAGUACGCCAACUAGAAGACCAAUCAAAAUAUGAUUAA